UGUCUACCUGUUGACCGAAAUUCGGACAGUUUGUCAUGUAAUUAGUUUUUUGAUGAUUUUUAUCUUGUGAUUUGCCUAUUCGAGUGUCUCUUCGCCUUCCUCUGUGUGCCAUAUAGAUUAUCUUUUCCGUGUUAACUGUGCCUUUAGAAUAAGUUAUUGUGAUUAAAUGGAUCCUCUCUCAUCUUCAAUUUGUGUUCUUGAUAAUAGCAUUGAACUAGUUGACGAGUUUACCAACUCUACAACCAAUAUAACUACAAAAUCGUUGCUCACUUCUGAUGACGAGAAAAUUGCAACAUUUUUAAGAAUCCGACCAAUAGAUAAUUUUACGAUUGAAGAAUCACCUUAUAAGAUAAUAGACUCUAAUAAAAUUUACAUCGACGAGAAAACCUCUUCCAAUUGUGGUAGUGCGAAAAAAAUUAAUGCAACUCGGAAUGUGUAUAAUUUUACUGAGAUUCUGGAUGAAUCGGUUAAUCAGUUGAAUGUUUUCUCUAAAUGUUGUUUACCUCUGGUUGAAGAUGUUCUUGAUGGAAAUAAUGGAAUUCUCUUUUGUUAUGGAACAACUUCAAGUGGAAAAUCGUUCACCAUGAGAGGAUCUCACGAAGAUCCAACAGUUAAUCCUGGACUGAUUCCAUUGUCGCUGAAGAAAAUUUUCUCCUCCCGCAAAUUUAUCGAUGAACCUCUACUUGCCAAAUCAAAGUUCUGUGAUAUGACUCUGGCUGAUCAAAAAACUCAAGACCUCGAGAAACAAUACAAAGAUUCAAUCCUUGCCAGUCGAUGUUGUCGUAAUGUGGUAUAUGCCGAUGUCUGCAAUAAUAAUAUUAGUUUUAACGAGGAUGGCUACCAAUACAUUUGUUAUCUAUCGUAUUUUGAAAUUUAUAAUGAACUUGUUUAUGAUUUAUUGAAUUCUUCCUCUGGUGGUCGAGGCACAGCUUUAUCUUUAUCUGAAGAUGAAAAAAAGCGUUAUUAUGUUAAAGAUUUAAGAUCAGUUAUGGUUUCAUCCCUUACGGAAGCUCUAAAAAUCUACUCUUACGGAUGGACAAAUCUACAAAGAAACAUCCAAACUACUGGACUGAACCAAAACUCUAGCAGAAGUCACUCAUUUCUUUGUAUCACUCUGAUUAAGUUCAGUGAAGAUGAAGGAAAAAUAUUGGAGCCUCAAAUUUCACAUUUGACACUUGGUGAUCUCGCUGGAUCGGAGAGACAAAAAAAAACUAACACCGAAGGGUGUAGAACCAAAGAAGGAGGCAGAAUAAACAAUUCAUUGAUGAAUUUAUCAAGGUGUAUCAGGAUUUUAAGAAACAACCAAAAAAAUUCCAACCAAGAACUAGUCCCUUUUCGGGACUCUAGUUUAACCAAAUUCUUACAGCCUUAUUUUAUUGGCUCUGGAAAGGCUGCAAUUAUUUGCAACAUAAAUCCAGCAGCUAACUUAGUCGGCGAAACUAGGACUAGCCUAGAGUUUUGUGGACAUGUUGGUCAAGUGAACACUAACACCUUACAAGCUAAAUCAAGGUUUUCAAUGUAUAGUAUUCCCGAAGAAAGGUCCCAUUUAUUAGAAGACAUCAGCUAUUAUCAAAACAAAACCAAUCGAGAUGAAUUACACCGUCUCUAUGCAGAAAACACCGAAUUAAAAAAUAGACUCGUGGAACUAGAAAAAGAAAACAUAGAAUUAAAACUUAGGGACUCGGAGAAGAUAGAAGUUGCAAGAAAAGCAUCUAUUGCAACUUCGUUAGGCAUCACAUUAGCUCAUGAAACGUCAAUUCAGUCGAUAUCGUCAUGCACAGGAAUAGAUACACAGGAAGAAAAUCUUCGAGAUACAUUAAUGCAAUCGAAAACAGCAGCUGAUUUCUUAACCUUUGAUGAAAGUGGUCCAGCAUUUCCAGAAAUUGGAGCUACUUAUUCAAAUGCUCAAACCCAAACUGAUGGUGAUGGAAGCACUCACGGUUUUACAAUAGAUGAUGUAAUAAAAAUCAUGCAAGCCAUCAAAAAAGGUGAUAUUCCUUUGCCAAGUAAUAUAAUCGGAAGUAACCAAGAAGGAAAAAAACGAGGAAGACCUCGUAGAACAAAGAAAUCACAAGAGACAACUAAAUCCACUCCGAUCAAGGGAAAAAAGCCAUUAGGACCAAGCAACAAAAAUUCAGCUCGAAAGUCGACAAGAAAAUCAACCCGAAUUUUAACGCCCGAUUACCGCCCGAAGUACGUGAUGAUUGAUAGGCUCGCACGAAACCGAGGUGAUGACAAUCCCACAACGACCAGGAGAAUUAUCUUUCACCUAUUGAUUAUCAUGCCGGGAAUUUCUCGAUGGGACUUCGUCGAAAAGGCUCACUCUCGCUGCAUCAAUCUUGUAUGAUCAAUAUUAAUCGAUUAUUUUUUCUCAAAUUAUUUAUUUGCUAAUUUCUAAAUCAUUCAAAAUUCAUUAAUUGUAAAAUAUCUUUCAAUAGUCAUCUCUACUAAAAUGUAAUUAUCUAUUUAGAUUGAAUAACUGAAUCGGUUGAAAAUUAAAUGAUAAUUUACAAACGUUUAA